AGGCCAUACCGAGCGCUCUAAGUCGCAUAUACCUCGUUAACCUGACAGCCUGCGGUCUGCCUCCUCAGAGACGAUAUAGAGGCUGUAGAUUUUAAUGAGACAGAGAACAGGAGAAGUAUGCCAAACUGUGGGACGACUUAAAUCUGCUGGAUUGAGCACAAGAAUGCAAACGAAAAGACUAUUUGUUUCUACAGAUAUAUUUGUGCCGGAUAAAUGUCAUCUGUGCGGGAGUGUUUCUGUUGUUCAGGACUUUGAAUUGAGUAAUGUCUAAAGGGCGAACACCAACUUGGAUUUCUGCUGAUAACGAAGUGAGGAAGUUUUUCAUAAUUAGUUCCCAAGGAAGUUGAAAGAAACAACCGCAGGGCUUAUCAGUUUGAUUUGAAGGCUAAUUGACACUGACCUUGGCAGUCCUCGCCUGGGAAUCUGCACAUUUCAGAUACCGAGCGAACCAAAUGCAGAGAGAAAGAUGCAUUUGGGUAAGGCUUUACUGUUUGUCCUCCUCCUCAACUGCGCGACUUUGAGCUCUUCUCUGUCAACUUGUGCAACCGUGGAUAUCGAUCAUGUGAAAAGGAAGAGGGUCGAGGCGAUAAGAGGUCAGAUCUUAAGCAAACUGCGGUUGACAAGUCCUCCACACUCCCUCGGACCGAGUAAAAUCCCUUAUCAAAUCCAAGCAUUGUAUAACAGCACCAAGGAGCUACUGGAGGAGCUUAGGAGGGAUCGGCAGCAAAGUUGCGGUCAGGACAACACAGAGACAGAGUACUAUGCCAAAGAGAUAUACAAGUUCAACAUGGUGUACGGACCGCCAGAAAGCAACGAUCUGCUCUACUGCCCAAAAGGCAUCACCUCUAAGGUUUUCCGCUUCAACGUCUCCGCCAUGGAAAGGAACUCGACCAACCUCUUCAGAGCAGAGUUUCGAGCUCUGAGGGAGCCAAACUCAAGCGCCAGGAGGAAUGAACAGCGGAUUGAGCUCUACCAGAUUGUGAGGCCAAACGAACACAUUAGGAAACAACGCUACAUUGGAGCCAAGAACGUGCUGACCAAAGGUACUCCAGAGUGGGUCUCCUUCGAUGUAACUGAAACAGUGCGGGAAUGGCUGAUGAACAGAGGAACUAAUCUGGGUUUGGAAAUCAGUGUGCACUGUCCCUGCCACACCUUCAACCCAAAUGGUGACAUCAUUGAUAAUGAGAACGAGGUGCUGGAGGUGAAGUUUAAAGGCGUGGAUGGAGAUGAGGAGCACAGUCGCUUGGAUCUAGAUCACCUAAAGAAGAAAAAGGAACAGUACCUGCCUCACCUUAUCCUCAUGAUGAUCCCACCCCACCGCCUGGACACUCAGUCCACACGUCGACGCAAGAGAGCGCUGGACACAAACUACUGUUUCUCAAACACAGAGGAGAGCUGCUGUGUUCGGCGGCUCCACAUCGAUUUCCGGCGUGACUUGGACUGGAAGUGGAUCCAUGAGCCCAGUGGUUACGAUGCCAACUACUGCUCCGGGCCCUGCCCUUACCUGAGGAGCUCAGACACAACACACAGCUCGCUGUUGAGCCUGUACAACACUCUGAAUCCGGAAGCAUCAGCCUCCCCCUGCUGUGUCCCUCAAGACCUGGAACCGCUCACUAUACUCUACUACUCCGGACGAACCCCCAAAGUGGAGCAGCUCUCCAACAUGAUUGUCAAGUCUUGCAAGUGUAGCUGAGAAGACAUGAAAGACGAGGUAGUAUGGCAGGAUUUUACUAGGUACUGACGAAACCCAUGCAAGCUGACUUUUGGACUCUUAGCUGUGACAAAUAUUAAACUGACCCUGUGGCCUCACGGCUUAGAUCUGAACACCACUCUGGAGGUCACACAUUUUUAAGGAUGCAGAUUUUCUUUCAAACUUUAGGUCAUCAUUUAUUUUUUCUUCUUUUCUAAUUGUUUCCCCUCCCAGUCAGUUCUGGAUGACAAGUAGUUAUAUUCAUCUUAAAAAGUCCAACCCAAACUUAAUUUUGCAAUCAAAGUAUGAUCUUAAAAAAUAUUUCCUUCUAGAUUUGUGAAGGUGGCCAACAAACUUCUAAAGCUAGAUUGCAGAGAGCCCUGUACAAAUCCAUCUGUAACAAAAAGAAAAACAACCUGGAGCUGCUUCAUGGACAAUGAACGAAAGAGACUUACUUUGUGGUAUAUUUUCUGCAAAUAUUCCACAAAAUUACAGUCGCUACAUUGUCAGUAGAGCAGCUUUCCUGUUUCUAGCCUUGGGAUGAUAUUGUUAAUAGUAUAAACCUAAUAUAGACUGGUGGUCGAAGAGUCCUUUCAGGCUGGAUUUUACCUUGAACUUAAGUUCCCUUCCCUUCAAACAGUGGACAUUAUCUUCAAACACAAAAGGAGAAAGGACAGACUUGCUGCUGUAUCCAAAGCCAUAGCUGUGGUCAGGGAAAAGGAGAGCUGAGAGAAUGCCUGUUGGAUUUGCAAUGGAAAGUGAAUGAACAAAGAAGUUGAGCCAAGCUUUUCUUUGUUUGGCCAGCCAGCAGCAAUGGCCUUUUUUUUUUUUUUUUUUUUUGCGGUGCAUCUAUUAGAAUGGAUGGAAGAAGAGGGGACCUGUAUGGCAGGGAAGAACUGUGAUGGAAACUAGCCAUGAGCACACUGCCAUUCACUGGAAGUCCUCAUCCCUAACAGGUUCAAAUUAUUUCUGGGACAUCAAAGAAUAUACUGGAAAAGAACACGUGUUACGCAACAGGUUUUUAUGAGAUUUCUUUUACAUUAAUAGCAGAUUUGGUCUGUUAUGCAACUUGUCAUAUAGUGAUUGUUUCACUAACUGGGAUAAAAAUGUAUGUUUAUCUCCGUUAUCCAUGGUGGAAAUACUUUUAUGUUAAACUGUUGGUACUGUUCCAUUUUCUUGUGAUUUAGAAAGAAUAUGCAACUUUUUUCUCCAUAUACAAAUUAGUUUGACCUGUUGUAUGUGAUCCAGUAUAUGUUUGACUAAAGUCUUAGUUGUUAUUAUAAAAGGUGACUAUCCCCAGAAGCACUUUUCUCCAGCAAUAACAGGAAAUGUCAUGUACUUUAAAAUGCUGUUUACUUCUUUUUUAUCCUACUUUCCUAUCAACUCACCUGUCACCCUUCACUCCAGCCAGCUGACAAGGAAUCACAUGUGUAGUCAGGACUCUGGUGUUCCCAAAACACUGCAGUCUUUCAUUCCCUCUGCUCCGUCUCUGUUUGUUUUGGUGCUCUUUUACAGUGUGAAGCCCUAAUGGAACAAAAAAAUGAAGAUGGAGGGGGAAAAAGUCAUAACAUGACGGUGGCUGGAUGUACAGUUAGACCUCAUUUUUCUCCGAGUCAGGAGAACAGUUCUGAAUCCCUGUACUGUUUGACAUUCGCCCAGUCAGAGUCAUCUUGCUUUUAGAUGACAUUUAGGUGAAGUUUUGUGGCAGUAAUAUUGUUUGAUUGACUUGUUGAUCGUGAUUAUUAUUAAAAACACCACAUGCAAAA